GGGCGGCUUUGGGCCGGCGCCUCAGUCGCGGCGAAGAUGGCGGCGCCGGGUGGUCGCGCUCUCCCGCUGCAGCUUCACCUCAUCCUCCUCACCGUCACCGUCGGCUGGGUCGCGGCCACCGACUCGCAGACCCGCCGCUUCGAGUACAAGUACAGCUUCAAGGGCCCACACUUGGUACACAACGACGGCUCCAUCCCCUUCUGGAUGCACACAGGCAAUGCAAUACCUAGUGCAGAUCAAGUCAGGAUAACACCAUCACUGAAAAGCCAAAAGGGAUCUGUUUGGACAAAAAGCAAACUCACCUUUGAAAAUUGGGAAAUUGAAGUUACCUUCCGUGUGACGGGUAGAGGAAGAGUUGGAGCUGAUGGACUGGCGAUCUGGUACACAGAAAGUCAGGGCUUGGAUGGUCCAGUGUUUGGAGCAUCUGACUCAUGGAAUGGCCUUGGAAUUUUUUUUGACUCCUUUGAUAAUGAUGGAAAGAAAAAUAACCCAGUAAUACUUGUCGUUGGAAAUAAUGGCCGUCAACUUUAUGAUCAUCAGAAUGAUGGUACAACACAAGCGUUGGGUUCUUGUUUAAGAGAUUUUAGAAACAAGCCUUAUCCUGUGAGGGCCAGAAUAAUCUACUACAAGAAAACGUUGACUGUCAUGAUACAUAAUGGCUUUACACCAAAUAAUGAUGAUUAUGAACUUUGUGCCAACGUAGAAAAUAUGGUACUUCCGUUGGAGGGUUUCUUUGGAAUCUCUGCAGCAACUGGGGCCCUUGCAGAUGACCAUGAUGUUUUAUCGUUUCUGACCUUCAGACUUUUUGAGCCUGGUAAACCAGUGGAGCCUGAUGAUACAACAAUUCCUCAAGAAGAAAAGGAGAAAUAUAGAGAGCAGUAUGAAAAUUUCCAACAAGCACUUGAUAAAAAGAAAGAGGAAUUUCAAAAAGAUCAUCCUGAUAUGCAAGGGGAACAAGCGGAUGACUUAUUUGAAAGUGUGAACGAGCAAGAAUUGAGACAGAUCUUUGAAGGCCAGAAUCGAAUCCACCUUGAAAUUAAACAAUUGAACAGGCAACUCAACAUGAUUCUGGAUGAGCAGAGAAAAUAUGUCUCUCUAGUAAGUGACGAGCUGUCAAAGAAGGGAACUAACGUUGUGCCACAGACAGGACAGUUACCCCAAGCAGAACUGGACAAUAUUAUGAGAUACCAGCAAGAGGUGCUGAAGCAUGUUGGCGAAUUGAAGAAUUCGGUAACUAACACUCUGAGUCAAGUAGCUCAUCCUCCUGGGGGUGCAACUGGAGGCUAUGAAGUGGCUCAACAUUUCAAUGACAUCAAAGAACACCUUCAUAUUGUAAAAAGAGACCUUGGUGCAUUGGUACAGAGAAAUGUAAAUAUUGAGAAGCCUAAAUGCCCAGAAUUACCCCCAUUCCCAUCAUGUUUAUCUUCAACACAUUUCUUCAUGUUUGUGGCCUUUCAAACAGUAUUGUUUAUUGGUUAUAUAAUGUAUAGGAGCCAGCAAGAAGCAGCCGCAAAGAAGUUCUUUUGAUGCUACUGUUCUUAGUUUUUACUUUGUUAGUGUCCUGGAAUGAAACAAAGGAAAACUGUAAAUGAUUUUUAAAACAAAAAAUAUUUUUCGACAAACUAAGUUAUUGGGGUAUGUUUUUCCUUGAAUUGCAAAAGUUAUUUUGUGCACACAAAUUAUUUUUCUACAGCUAAAGAUGAAGCUGUGGGCAGUUAAUUUUUUUGAAUUCUGCAUUAUGGAGUCACAAUGUUACAGAAGAAUGAAAUGGAUGUUUACAUGAUAAGUAAAGCAAUAACUAAGAAUGGCAAUUUAUGUUUUCUGGAGCUGUGAGUUAAUGAAGGCGACAUAAAAAUAUUUGGGUGCUCAUAACCAUUGGUUCUUUUUUUUUUUACAUGCAUGUUGUGUCCCUUGUUUGUGCCUUUUCAAAAGCUUCAAUCAAAUCACAUGAUUUUCUGACCUUGUUCAUCUCGGCUUUAUUCCAUGAAGUCUGUUUUGUUCAUUGUGAUCCUUUUUAGUCAUAGUCACAGAGUGAUACAGUGUGGAAACAGGCCCUUCGGCCCAACUCUCCCACACCAGCCAAAAAUGUCCCAGCUACCCUAAUCCCACUUGCCUGUGCUUGGUCUAUAUCAGUCCUAUCCAUGUACCUGUCUAAUUGUUUCUUACACGAUGGGAUAGUCUCAGCCUCAACUACCUCCUCUGGCAGCUUGUUCCAUACAGCCACCACCCUUUGUGUGAAAAAGUUACACCUCCGAUUCCUAUUAAAUCAUUUCCCCUUCACCCUAUGUCAUCCGGUCCUUGAUCCCCUACACUGGGCAAAAGAUUCUGUGCAUCUACCCAAUCUAUUCCUCUCAUGAUUUUGUAUACCUCUGUAAGACCUCCCCUCAUCCUCCUGUGCUCCAUGGAAUAGAGACCCAGCCUACUCAACCUUUCCCUAUAGCUCACACCCUCUAUUCCUGGCAACAUCCUCGUAAAUCUUUUCUGAACCCUUUCAAGCUUGACAAUAUCUUUCCUAUAACAUGGUGUCCAGAACUAAACAUACUAUUCUAAAUGCAGUCUCACCAACAUCUUAUACAACUGCAACAUGACCUCCCAACUGCUAUACUCUGACUGUUGAAGGCCAAAGUGCCAAAACCCUUUAGACCACCUUACCUACCUGUGACUCGACCUUCAAGGAACCAAGCACUUGUACUUCGAGAUCCCUCUGCUCUACAACACUACCCAACCAUUUACUGUGUAGGUCCUGCCCUUGUUCAAUGUCCCAAAAUGCAACACCUCACACUUUUCUGUAUUAAAUUCCAUCAACCAUUCCUCCGCCCACCUGGCCAAUCGAUCCAGUUCCUGCUGCAAUCUUUCACAACCGUCUGCAUUAUCUGCAAAACCUUUUGUAUCAUCAGCAAACUUGCUAAUCAAGCCCUGUCUGUUCUCAUCCAAAUCAUUGAUGUAGAUGACAAACAAUAACGGGCCCAGCACCGAAUCCUGAGGCACACUUAAAGUUGCUUGUAAUUCAAAUUAAAUUGGCUUCAUUCUUACAUUUAUAACCUAGACCCAGUGACUUUUUGCCAAUAACUUUCAUAUGUGAGAAAUUUGCCUUUUUUUCCCUCAAAUUCAGUUCUCAGUAAAGCCCCAAAUAUUCUGGAAAUGAUUAUUACUCUUGUAUCUGGAAAGAACUUCUGGCACAUUUUCUCUCCCUUCUUAAUGGGAUGCAGGAAAAAAACUGCCCAAAAUACAUUAGAAUUAUAUAUAUAAUGGAAAUAAACCAAAAGUCUGCUUGUCUGUUGUCUCUCUCAUCUAUGCAUCCUGGCUGUUUUUAAUUGAUGUGCUUAAUUUUGUUUUUAAACUUUUCUUUACUUUUCAAAUCCACAGUCUUCCCCUGCCCUGUGUCCUCAUGUUUUAAAGUCCAGAUUAAUUUCAUGUCAUUUGUUUUCAACUCUUUCUAGCUGUUAGUUACGACAUGAACUUAUUGCCUUUCUGUUGUUCUGCAAUUUGUUUUUGAAACUCCCUCCUCUAAACAAUCAGAUUUUCGCUUGGGCCAUCUGUUAUUCUGAAAGAACAAUGAACAUCAGUGGUCUGAAGCUUGAGAAGUUGGUCUCAAUGUCUGUCCGAUAUAAAGUAAUUGAUUUUGAUUUCCAUUCUUAUGGCCACUCGGGUCUCAACAUUUUAGAGCAUUUGAUGAACAACCAAUUACUUCAAAAUGUUAACUCAAAUGUUUGCAAACAGUAAGGUUCCACAAUAUUGUUCAAACUUUAUUCUUAUUUAAUUUGCAUGGAGACUCAUUCCAGUAGCGAAUGUUAUAUGCAAGACCUAAAGUAUGUAUUUUAAUUAAAUGCAUGAAAGAGGCAUGGUCUGAUAGUCAAGUGUGCAUUUGAAUAUACAGAUCAGUAUUGAGGUCAGUCAAGGUGAAGACCCAAAAGUAAUACAUUGGGAUGCUUGAAUGCACAAAGUUAUCUGAUGAAUAGGUCUUUCCGCCCCAGUGUGCACAUGUAAAUAAUUGUGAGAUUUGAACUUCAGAUGGGACUCUUUCCUAAGCUUAACAAUUGCAUGCUCGUUCUGCUAAACUGGGGAUGUACUUUGAAUUACAGGGGACUAGAGAAGUUUUGCUUCCUAAGUGUCUUGACCUACCAUAUGCGAAGCAGUGUAAUCCAUCCAUGCACCAGUUGCUUGUAUGGAUUGUUGGUUAUCUAUCAUUUCAAAGGUAGAAGAUAAUUGUUUAUAAUAAUAGGCACUUGACAGUCAUCAGCAAAGUUUCCUGAAAAUCAUGUUUUUUAUUCGUCUCUACCAACGGAAAGAAAACACAAUUUAUAUUUGAAUGUUGAGAGACUUUAAUCACCCAGCUAUGAAUAAUGUUUUAAUGAAAAUAUCUUGUCAUAGUAAAUGAUAAAAUGGUUGAACAUUAUUAAAACUGUUUGUUUGAAAUUAAAGUUUAACAAAGGC